AAGCCAUCAACUGUCAUUGUUUUUCACGAGUGAUUGCAACAUUUCUGCGUGUGUGAAAAAAGUCCUUUCUUGCUUUCGGAAGCUGGAAAAAGCAUACAAUAGCUUGGAAUUAAUGUAGAAAACCUGUUUUUUCAUUCACUUAAUGUAUAAUUAGGUUUUGGAUGUCGCAAAUGUUUAAAGUUGUGCUGUGUUCCCUGUGCUGAGUAGAUAGACAAAGCCUGUACCAAUAGUGCAGAACUACAUCGCUUUUGACGAUUGCGUUGAAAAAGUGAUGGCUGAUCAGACUGAGCUACGUAUGAACUUAGUAGCAAUUCAGCGCUCAGAUCCAUAUGCAAAGGACAUAGUUAAUUCAUCGGCUCACGUUGCGUUCUAUACCUUUAACACCGCGAAAAACGAGUGGGAAAAAACCGAUAUUGAAGGGGCCUUGUUUAUCUACAGCCGGAACGCGGAACCCUAUCACAGCAUUUUUAUCAACAAUCGGCUCAACACCAAUUCGCUAGUCGAACCGAUUAACGGCCAAAUUGACUUGGAGUGCCAAACGCCAUUCCUGCUGUACCGUAACGAACGGUCCCGCAUUCGGGGUUUCUGGUUUUACAACGAUUCGGAGUGCGACCGCAUUCGGGACGUAAUUGCUAAACUAGUUGCAGAGUGUAACAACGACAACAAGAAAAUUGCCGACAUGGGAAAAACUCAUGCGAAUGGAAACGCCGGAGGUAACCAGGUAGACAUUUUCACUAUGUUGACUAAGGCCCAGGAAGAUUUCAACAACAGCACUGGCGUAAAGCAGCAACCCUCGCAACCAGUUGUUCCACAACCAGAGCAAGGUCCGCUCAGAAAUCCUGCUGCUGGCCCUAGCAAGGUGUCGGAUCAAAGUACACCGCAAAGCGUGGUAAACUUUUUUAUUGCUGCAAAACAGCCGGCGGCAUCGGAAGUCCCACUUGUUCAAACACUGAUGGCCAAUCCGGUGCCCACGUUGGAGCAAAUUGAAAAACAGCAUCGUGCUACGACGCCUCCGAAGGAGACAAUUAUUACUGGAAAAUUGACACCCGAAGUAAGUGAGCUUGAAAACAGUUUCAAAUUAAUGGGCAUUCCUGUGAGCUCUGGUCCACAGCCGACACAAGAACUUGGCACCUCACCGUUGGCAAAGUUUCUUAGUGUGACCAACUUGGCGGCCGUUCGGAGCAACAACCAGCCAAUUCCGAAAACUAAACCUAUUGAAAUCAGCGUACUCGAAUCGCGGCAGCAUCAGCAACAACAUCAAAAUCAGCAACAACCGUUGCAUGAACUCUUGAAGAAAUCUGACCCAAUGAAUAACUCUCUAAACAGCAGCUCUUUACUGAAUGUUGCUUCAACCACUGGCAGCGCUGGGAAACCGGCUCUCAUGCCACCGACAAUGUUUGCCACGAGUUCAACGCCGGCCAAGGGUCUUACCGAUCUUUUUGCAAACGCAGCAAAUAAAAAACACCAUGAACAGCAUCAGCAGCAGCUCAACGGAAACAGCACUUCGAUAACAGAUCUUCUUGCCAAGGCCAACACCACCAGUGGUGGCAACAGCAACAAUCAUCAUCCUCCACCACCGGGCUUCUUCCCAAUGGGAGGAUCUGCUGUGGAGCCUCUAACACAAGCGCAGCUGAUUCAGGCGAUCAGUUAUCUUAUCAAACAUGACCCUGACUUUGUGCGGAAGUUGCACGAGGCUUAUCUGAAAUCUUUCCAGGAGAUGAUGGCACUCUAACAUGGGUCCGCAGAAAGUGCGACAGAUCAUUGUUAGAAAAAGAACCCAGUGUGUGCGAAAUGCGAGGGAAAACAAGACUUAACGCGUUUGAUAACCUGUGUAUCAUCGGGAGAAAGAGUGAAAAAUGACGAUACAUAUUUUUUGCUUUUCCAUUUUAAUUCUACCUACCUUUUAAAUGCAUUGUCGUUCUGUUAUAACUCAUUCGUAACACCGUUUUUCAUUUUUUAAAGAAAAUAUAUGUUGCUGCCGCAAGUAAAUAA